UGUAUUUGCGGCCGUUCGUGGUGUUUUGUGGGAUGUCGGAGGAUGUUUCCCCGGCGCGGUCCCGCCCCGCGCUCGAAGCGCUUCCGGGGCAGCGGCGGGGCCGAGACGGGGCGGCGGCGGCUCGACAAUGGCUGAGGUGGAGGAAACGCUGAAGCGAAUCCAGAGCCAAAAAGGAGUGCAGGGAAUCAUCGUGGUUAAUUCGGAAGGUAUUCCUAUCAAAAGCACCAUGGACAACUCCACAACCAUCCAGUAUGCCGGGCUCAUGCACAGCUUCAUCAUGAAGGCGCGGAGCACCGUGCGGGACAUCGACCCCCAGAACGACCUCACCUUCCUGCGCAUCCGCUCCAAGAAAAACGAAAUCAUGGUUGCUCCAGAUAAAGACUAUUUCCUGAUUGUCAUCCAGAACCCAACUGAAUGAUUGCACUGACUUGGUCUGUUUUUUUUUUCCACUUUGCCCAACUGGUUUUUUUUAAUUUAAUGGUAAAGAAUAGAGCAUUAGUGUUAACUGUGCUGUGCCACUCCAGUAAGGUUUGGAAAAACAAAAGCAGGUGGUUUGCUGUCCACAAACAGCAAAAAUGGCACUUUUUUUUUGUAUCACAAGUCGUUUCGAGGGAGAGCUGGUGAGUUAGAAUUGGGCAGUAAAAAAUGCAACAGAUUCUUUUAAUAGCUAAGAAGAUAAUAUAAUAAAAUUCUAAUAAUAACCUAAAAAAGGCUAUUCUUUGUAUGCCUCCAUGCCUCUGUCACCACUGAGCUCUGCUUUGACACUACUAGUUUUGAGUGGCUGUAAAUAUGACUCUGCCUGUCCUCUAGUUCUGUCUUACUCUGUUGGUUUUACUUCCAAAAGGUCUGACCAUAUCAUAUUAAAAUAUGUCACCAGUGA